AUGAGUCAAGUGCCAAAUCAAAGUAAUCUCAUGUCAACUGACAUGAACAAGGAGGAUACUUCGUAUUACUAUGCUGACAACCAAAAGUACAAGAGUAGCAAAAUCUCUACCAUUGUGCUCGUUCAAUUGUCAUUGGAGCAUUAUAUACCACUAUUUCAUGAAGCUGGCAUCCAUGAUCUGGACCAAUUUUUAUCAAUGAAAGACAAUGAUUUUGCUUCCAUUGGCAUUCAAGAUCCCAGUGAUCUCUGGCUACUCUCAACAUGCGCAAAAGCACUAAAAUCACACAUUGCUCAAAAGCAGCUGCAGAAACGAAACACCAUUUGCUCCAUUGCAGAAGAGUCUGAAGAUGAGGAUGAAGAUUUCUUCAGCAUCAAAUCUAGGUCAAGUGUAGUGAGCAGCAAUAGUGAUGAAAUUACAACCGCAUCUUCUGAAUCUAUACGGAGAGCCAUUCAUGCAUUUGACUCUUAUGAACCCCCCUCCUACACAACCAACACCACCACUCCUCCUCCAUCGCUACAAACAAACACACCAUCAGGCGCCAUGUAUUUACAGGCAGUACCCGGUACCGUUAUCCGUCGACAUAAACAAUCAAGUGGCAGCAGACCUGUUUCCAUGCCUAUUCAGUUACCAUCAUUUACAACUCCUCCUCCUGAUUAUUCAACCUCUAUUUACGGAAGACGAUUAGAGAGAUGCCGAUCCAUGAUCUUUCCACGUGAGGAAGAGGGCAAAGAAGAGCUUCCUGGCUACUCAUGUACCGUAUUCAAGAUGGGCUAUGUUAAUAUCAAGAAAGAAUUCGAUGCACCCAAUUGUAAAAGCAAAUACAGACAUUGGAGAAAACUCUAUGUCGAAUUAUGGGGAACCAUGUUAAGAAUCUACCGGGCAGCGCCUUCAAAAAACUCGACUUCGAUAGAUGCUCGCAACUACUACAGAUGGCCGUUACGAGCACCAUAUUACUACUAUCACAAAUAUUACUUUACCCCGAUGUUGACUAUUUCAUUAGCAGGAGCGGAAGCAAGUCGUGCACUAGACUACUUUAGGCGACCUAACGUUCUCCGAUUGACGACACAACAAGGACCACAGUUAUUAAUGAGGCUAUCUUCACAUGUAGAAAUGAUAUCAUGGGUUGAACAUUUGCAAGCAGCUAUCAAUAUAUCACUGGAUUUAGAAUUUCGUCCUAUGCCAAAAUUCGUCACUAUACCAACUCGUGCAUUGACUACUGCUUCGUUGGAUCCUCGAUCUAUCGAACUGGAGAGAACUCGUGAACAAAGAAGGAGAGAUCAACGUGAAGUCUUGAUUUGA